CGGUAGAAAUAUCUACAGGUCUAUUCCUUCGUCCCGUCUCCUUUCCUUUAUCCGCUUCUUCUAAUUCGGUCCUUCUCGCCUUUCUUCGAGCAUUAACCCUAACCCUCGCCCUUCACGUCGACCUCCCUCGCUCGAUCGCUCGCCGGAACGCUAACCCUAGGGAUCAAUCUCUCCUUUCUUCGGUCCGUCGAUCUCUCUCUCUUUUGCCGAAAACCCUAACCCUAGGUGCGGAUCGGGUCGAGUGAUCGAUGGGGAGCUCGGGGAAGUUGAUGAACCAGAUCAUGGAGCUCAAAUUCACGUCAAAGAGUCUCCAGCGGCAGGCGCGCAAGUGCGAGAAGGAAGAGAAGGCGGAGAAGCUUAAAGUGAAGAAGGCGAUCGAGAAGGGCAACAUGGACGGCGCCCGCAUCUACGCCGAGAACUCCAUCCGCAAGCGCAACGAGCAGAUGAACUACCUCCGCCUCGCCUCCCGUCUCGACGCCGUCGUCGCCCGACUCGACACACAGGCCAAGAUGCAGACCAUCGGCAAGUCCAUGGCCUCCAUCGUCAAGGCGCUCGACUCCUCGCUCGCCACCGGCAACCUCCAGAAGAUGUCCGAGACCAUGGACCAGUUCGAGCGCCAGUUCGUCAACAUGGAGGUCCAGGCCGAGUUCAUGGAGGGCUCCAUGGCCGGAUCCACCUCCCUCUCCACCCCCGAGGGCGAGGUCAACAGCCUCAUGCAGCAGGUCGCUGACGACUACGGCCUCGAAGUCUCCGUCGGCCUCCCCCAGGCCGCCGCCCACGCCAUCCCUGCCAAGGAGAAGGAGAAGGUUGACGAGGACGACCUCUCCCGCCGCCUCGCCGAGCUUAAGGCCAGGGGCUAGCUGUUUGGCUAGCUUCAUUGGAUUGAUUUUAGUAGGGUAAGAUCUCUCUUCUUCUUCUUUAUGAAAAGGAGAAAAAGAGAAUCUUUUGACAUGUCAUAUAAUUAUAUGGGUGCUUGUGUUGCCUUCUCCUUGGUAUGCAUGCUUUGGAUGCUCUCCAUUGUUAAAGCUUUGAAUUUUAGGCAUGGAUGUGGAACGAGGGACCAAAUGCCUGUAUAAAUCUUAGCUAUUAUAUGGACUUGAUACGGAUCUGUGGUGUUAGUAUUUAUAUUUCUCCCCACUUCCAUGCUUUCCUUCUAGACUUUGUUAUGUGCAUAGUUAUUGCCGAUUUCAAUGUUUGAGAACAUCAAGCUCAAGUUUGUGGCAGGAAAUUAUUAUA